AUUUAACAUGAAUGGUUCUAAGUACGCCGGAUAUCGAGGUAGAUUUUGAAUGGGCGGUGAAACUGAAUCGUUUGUCUCUAAACAUUAUCGGACUUUGGCCUAAAAUCGCGCAAAGCCCACGAGAGAAAUUACUGUGCAAUCUUCGAGUGCUUUUCGUUUUUCUGGGGCUAACUUUUGUCAUUCUAAUCCCUUCUAUACACGCCCUGAUAAUAUUUCGAAGGGAUAUCAUGCUAGUGAUGGAUAAUUUACAAUUCACUUUGCCGGGCAUCAGCUGUUGGAUAAGGAUCGCGAUUUUUUGGUGGAAAAAAGAAGCUAUCGUACCGAUUAUGAGUAUGAUCGUGGAGGAUUGGAUAAGGGCGCACGAGAACGCGCAAGAGAGACAGAUAAUGAUCAGAAGGGCGCAAACCGCGCGCAUAAUUGUCACUUGCACGUAUUCUUUAAUGGGAAUAGCGUGCGCUUUCGUCAUCGUUCUACCGGGUUUCGGGCUGUCAACGAGAUUGACAUCGAACAUCACCGAUCCGGGCAUCAGACCAUUGCCGUUGCAAACUCAUUACGUCUACGACAUCACGAAGAGACCGUACUAUCAACUGACAUUUGUCAGCCAGGCCGUCUACAUCAGCCUCGCCAUCAUGUCUUACACCGGGAUUGACAAUUUUCUCGGUCUGCUGAUAUUUCACAUAUGCAGCCAACUGGACAUUCUCAAGAAUCGUUUGACGCAUUUGCACAAAUAUGUCAAUUCGCGCGACAUGAUGAAAAGCUGCGUAGUGAAACACAUUCGUUUGCUCAGAGCGAUUAACAUUAUCGAAGAUACAUACAAUAUAACACUUCUCGCGUUAUUCGCGUACUUUGCGAUCCUCUUUGCUUUCUACGGUUUCCGAAUAAUUAGCUUUUUUAAGUGCAAUGAUAUAUAUUAUGCGGCAUACGACAAUGAAUGGUACUUGGCGGAUCCGAAAGAUGCAAGGAAUUUAUUGCCAAUAUUAAUCAGAGGCGCUAAACCGGUCUAUCUCACCGCUGGAAAAGUAUUUCCCAUGACAAUGGCUACAUUCUGUGGUCUAAUAAAAACAUCAGCCGGUUAUAUAUCUGUUUUGCAUACGACGAGAAAUUAAUGAAAAGUGAGAAUAAGUAGUAAGUAAUAUAAAUAAAUAAGAAGAAUUAGAAAUAAUUUUUUUAUGCAAUUUCCGACAGAAUAGGAUGA